CGCCGCGCCGCCUGACGUCACCGCCGCCGCCGCCAUGGCCGCCCGCAGGGCGCUGCACUUCGUCUUCAAAGUGGGAGACCGGGCCCGAACCGCGCGGUUCUACCGGGAGCUGCUGGGCAUGAGGGUGCUGCGGCACGAGGAGUUCGAGGAGGGCUGCAAGGCCACCUGCAACGGCCCUUAUGAUGGAAAAUGGAGCAAGACCAUGGUGGGCUAUGGACCAGAGGACAAUCACUUUGUGGCAGAGCUGACUUACAAUUACGGCAUUGGGGAAUAUCGCCUGGGCAACGACUUCCUGGGCAUCACUCUGGUGUCCAGCCAGGCUGUGAGCAACGCCAAGAAGAUGGGGUGGCCCCUCAAAGAAGUCACCUCUGGUGUCUUUGAAACUGAAGCCCCAGGAGGAUACAAGUUCUACCUGGAAGACAAGGAGCAGCUCAAGCAAGAUCCCGUGUGGAAGGUGACCCUGGGUGUCUCAGACCUGCAGAAGUCUGUGAGCUACUGGUCUGGUUUGCUUGGGAUGAAAAUAUACGAGAAGGACGAGGAGAAACAAAGGGCUUUGCUGGGCUACGCUGAUAACCAGUGCAAGCUGGAGCUGAAGGCUGUUGGAGGAGCAGUGGAUCACGGGACAGCGUUUGGACGCAUCGCCUUCUCCUGUCCCAAAGAAGAGCUGCCAAACAUUGAAGCCCUGAUGAAAAAGGAGAACCAGAAAAUUCUGACGCCUCUGGUCAGCUUGGACACGCCUGGCAAAGCCACGGUGCAAGUGGUUAUUCUGGCUGAUCCUGAUGGCCAUGAAAUCUGCUUUGUGGGAGAUGAAGCGUUCAGAGAGCUCUCCAAGGUGGACCCUGGUGGUGACAAGCUGUUGGACGAUGCCAUGGCUGCAGACAACAGCGACAAGUGGUUUGCUGAGCACAACAUGAAGAAGGUUUCAGCUUAGCUGGAGGAAUGGACUGGGCUGCUCCUCUGUGCCUUGGAGUUCCUCCAAGAAAAUGCCAAUCCCGGUUCAAGUGCUGCCUUCCCAAUCAGAAGGUGCUGGGAUGUCCUGUGCUGGUUUUGGGGGUUGAUUUAAGCCGAUGUCUGUGGCCUGCUGCUCUCUGCCUCCCAGCAGAUCACAUCUCCUCCUUCCAAAAAAUGGGGCUGUGCAGCAAGGGAGCGGCUGAGCCCUUGGCUUCAAAACCAGGGAUCAUCAGUCAGGAAAACCUCACAUUUCUGUGUUGUCAUACUUGAAAGAAAGCUGAGUAGCUACGUUAUUUUCUGAUUAAUUUGCUUUAGCUGUCCUUUAUUUGCAGGGUAGAGAGGAGAUUCUGAGGUGGCCACUUCCCCUCUCCGGUGGGGUGUGGGGAGCUGGGGCAGGGAGUGCAUCCCUUUAUUGGGAACAAAGAAAUGAUCUUUCCAAACCGUGCGAAUUCUCCAGUCCUUAUUCUCAUUCCCGGGUGUUUCCCCAUCUUUCAAGGGGAAGCGUUCACUCGGGAAGCCCGUGGGGUGUUUCUCACUGGGAUCCUGUUGUUGGUGGGGUGGUUUCCACCCCUUCUCCAGGAGAUUUCCACGUUCCAAGCUGUGCUUUGGGGUUUCUAGCUGCACUGUCUGCUGAGGUGCCAAAGGGCAGCUUGAAAUAAUCUUUGCAAUUAGCUUUUGGUGAGGAGCUGCCUUUGGAAAUUCCAGGCCAGGGUUUAUUCCGUUGGAAUGAAGUCACUCUGCUUUUGCUGGUGGAAUAAAAGCUGGGAAUACGGAGGGUCAUUCCUGGCAUUGUUUGUGCCAGGUAUGCUGCCUGACUUGUCAUUUUCUUGAUGAAAACCUGAAAUUAAAUCAGGUUUUCGUCAUGAAACUGGGACGAGUUUCAUGGAGAAGAUCGGGCGGUGUUAGCACUUGCGAGCCGAAACGGGAAAAAAUUCCUGGCUGCGGUUUUGUCCGGGCUUUUAAAUUCCUUUUUAAUGACGGUUUUGAAUCCUCUUCGUCAAAUUAAACAUGUUGAUCUCGGA